AUGUGUGAACUGGGCCCUCUAUUGUUCCCAAAGUUUGGUUUGGCGUUGACGGGAGAGUACGAGAGCUACUCCACCAAUGAAACGUCGUUUCUUGAUUUUCCGGUACCAAAGACGUAUACAGCGGCACAUAAUCAGACUAACUUAGGGGUUUCUGCUUCAUCCGAGGGUAAUGGAAUGGACAACAAUUCGGUCAUGAUCAAGAAGCUUUGUCACAAUGCUAAUGAGCGCAACCGUCGCAAGAGGAUGAACUCUUUGUUCUCAACUCUUCAUUCAUGUCUUCCUGCUUCUGAUCAACUGAAGAAAUUAAGCAUUCCUCAGACGGUUUUGCGGACCGUGAAGUACAUACCGGAUCUGCAAGAGCAAGUGAAGAAGCUAACGCAGAUGAAGGAAGACCUAUUGGUGCGAGCAUCGAGUCAAAGAGACAUGGAACGUUAUUUUAAGCAGCAACCACAAGCGGUUUCUAGUUAUGUCUCCACCGUUUUUGCGACUAAACAUGGAGACAACGAAGUGAUGGUCCAAAUCUCAUCGUCCAAGAUUCAUAAGUUUUCGAUAUAUAAUGUGUUGAGUGGAUUAGAAGAAGAUGGUUUUGUUGUUGUGGAUGUUUCAUCUUCGAGUUCUCGAGGAGAAAGACUUUUCUACACUUUGCAUCUUCAAGUGGACAAGGCUAAUAAUUACAAGCUAAUUUGCGAGGAGUUAAGUCAAAAGAUAUUGUACUUGUAUGAAUGUGGAAACUCGUUUAGAUGA